CGUUGCCAUGGUGAACACAACCUUUUUCUGUAGGUUGUGGCCAUUAGGAGGCUUGUAUAAAUGACAGCUGUAAACAAGCUUCGGAGAGGAUCUUUGAGGAAAACUGGACGUUUAAAGCGCGGUUAAGUGUGAAAAGAGGAGCUCAAAAUGGUGAGGGGGAAAGCCAUGGCCCACUGUGGGCUGGUUCUUCUGAGUCUGUGGCUGUGUAUCCAGUCAGUGCCUAUCGGUGUGGACAAGACCAAAGACAAGCCUCAAGAGGAGCUGGAGCCGCCACAGAGUGCUGACACUGGACUCCACUACGACCGCUACCUCAGGGAAGUCAUUGAGUUUCUCGAGAAGGACCCCCACUUUAGAGAAAAGCUAAAAAAUGCCAACAUGGAUGACAUCAAGCAAGGCAAACUUGCCAAAGAGCUGGACUUUGUCCACCACAAUUUUCGGACUAAGCUGGACGAACUGAAGAGGGAGGAGAUGAGCAGGCUGCGGAUGCUCAUCAGAGCCAAACAUGACCUCCAGGAGGGGAAUGGCCGGACAGUGGACCAUCAGGCCCUGCUGAAACAGUUUGAGCACCUCAACCAUGGGAACCCAGACACUUUCGAGGUGGAGGACCUGGAUCGCCUCAUCAAAUCGGCAACCAGUGACCUGGAGAACUAUGACAAGGGCCGCCAUGAUGAGUUCAAGCGAUAUGAGAUGAUGAAGGAGCACGAGAGGAGGGAACGUCUGAAGAACAUGAGCGAGGAGGACCGCAAGAGGGAGGAGCAGCACUUCGAGGAGUUGAGAAAGAAACAUGCCAAUCAUCCAAAAGUGAACCACCCUGGCAGUGAAGACCAGCUGAAGGAGGUUUGGCGUGAGUCGGAUGGUUUGGACCCAGAAGACUUUGAUCCCAAGACCUUCUUCAAAAUGCAUGACAGCAAUGGAGACGGCUUCUUCGAUGAGCACGAGCUUGAAGCUCUCUUCACUAAAGAGCUGGAGAAAGUGUAUAACCCUGACAAUGAAGAGGACGACAUGGUCGAGAUGGAAGAAGAAAGACUGCGAAUGAGAGAGCACGUUAUGAAUGAGGUGGACACUAAUAAAGACAGACUUGUGUCAAUGAGCGAGUUUCUGGCAGCUACCAAAAAGGACGAGUUUUUGGAAAAGGACGAGUGGAAGACUUUAGAUAAAAACCCUGUUUACACCGAGGAGGAGCUGAGGGAGUAUGAACGGCAACUUGCUAACGAAAAGAAUGACAUCAACAAGAAGUCGGCAAAUUUGCAGAAACAGAGGGAGGAGCUUGAAAAGCAACAGGAAGAACUGAACGCUCAAAAGCUGGAGCUACAGCAGGCGGUCGACGAAAUGGAAAAAUUAAAAGCCCAAAAGUUAAAUGCUGAGGUCAAACAGCCAGCAGUUGGAAGUGAAUCUGCACCAGUUGUACCAGGGAACAGUCAGCCACUCCCCCCAGGUCACCAGCAGCAAGAUGUUCCGGUGCCAGGACACUCUUAGCAGGCCUCAAUACUUUUUGAGCGGUAUGAAUGCCAGUGAGUAUGUUUGUGUGUGUCUGUUUGUUUGCCAUGUUCCAAUCUUCCAUUACUGUUUAAGACUUUCAAAAAACCACUUGACAAAAUUCUGCCGAAAUAUUAAGAGCACAUAAAAGAAAAUGUGAUUUCAGGCUCCAGAUUUAGUGCCAGUGCCCAUUAUGCCCCAUUUAGCUGCAUAAAUCAGACUGGAAGUGUGGAGCCGCUCCAGGUUUUUUGUGUGUGUGUGUGAACAAUCGACCCUUUUGUUUUUGUCAUUUUGAUCUUGUAUCACAAUAAGGACUCUCAUGUUCUCCAUGGGAAGUACUUUGGGAUGAAACGGGGAGGGCUGUGGUUCUGAUAUGUGAAUGUUUCGUUUAGUGUACACUGUAGUUCAUUGUCACUUGUAGAGGAAAUGUUUAUUUAUUUAAUUGCAGAAAGCUGAUUAUUUCUAAAGAAAAAAUGAAUGUCAGAAACUUAACUUUAGAGUUUAUGUUGUACUACUGACUAAUGAAUGAAAUGGUCCUAUUAACAUUGAAGCAGUUUUAUGAUGUAAUAUAUGAAUGAUAUAUUUACUGAGGGGGCAGACUUGGAUCCAUGUCCCUUUUUAAUAACUUGCACUUAAUCAUGUUCAUGCUCACAUUUCUUUAUGGUUGAAUUCAAGACUGUGAACAUGUACAUCUGCAGUAUGUUGGUGCAAAAGGUUUGCUAGCAAUCAAUAUUUCAAAAUAAGAGUUUAUUUUGUCCUCCAACCUGUUACCUGGUUUAUAAAUUUUCUUCAGGACUUUUUAACAGUUACCUCUUUUGCCAUCAUUUUGUCAUAUUUCUGCUUCUUUUUUUGUAAAGGUCUUUUGCUGUGAAUUUCUGUGAGCUUUUUUAAAAAGUUUAUAUCUACAUAAAUUGGACUUUCUUUCGAUUAUAUUUCUAACUGUUGCCUCCUUCGUACAAGAUGAUUGAAGAACACAUUUAGUUUACAGAUUGUUAUGUAUUACAUAUAUUUACAUCUUUAAAUGUAAUAUAAAUGUGCUGGUGUUUAGAGUGACAAUUGUAUGGAGUGUGAAGUGGUUGUGUGUGUUUGCAUGUGGAGCGUGAGUGCCUGUGACUUUGUGUCAUUUUCCCGAUAGAAUACUUUUAAUUUAUUUAUUCUCUACACCAACAUAAAUAAAACUGCAGCAGGGUUAAAUUUGAUUUUGUCUCUGUCAUAGGAAAUGGAAUGCCUGCAUUUAACUCCAAAAGGCAUCAAAGGGUCUUUAUUAUAGAUUAAUAUAACAGGUAAUAGAUUAAAUAAAGAUACAAACAUAGUUGCAGGUUGUUUUUAUUUGCAUUUUUAUGUCCCUUUCAAAAAGCAGUCAAAUCCGUCCACCGGCUAACAUCCUGAAUUCAUCAAACUGUUGUACGAGGUCUGAAUGUGGACAAUAAAGUGAAUGAGCUUGCA